AUGGUCGACGUUGCUGUGACCUCGCAGCUUUCGCAAUGGACCUUUGCCAAGCCUGACGUCGUUGCACGCCCACAACGUGCGAGCACCGACAGUUCCGCCUCGAGCCCGAACCUGUGCGACGAUGUGCCAGAGACGCUGCGGAUAAGUAACCCAGCCUCGCAGGAAUCAAGUCCGCCUGCUGGAAAAGACAACACCGUCUUGCAGAAGCGCUAUCUCUCCAGCGAGGAGGACCUGACUGCCGACGAUGGAGAUGACUCCGACUCCGAGUACGACUACGAAGACGUUGUUGUUCAUGAUCUCACCAAGGAGGCGAGGAGGAUGUCCAUAUCCCGCUGGGACAAAGGCAUGAGCUGCGACAUGGCAGUCUUGGUCUCUUAUGCACAUGCAGGCCGUCCCAAGGUUGUCGAAAUGGACACUACACGGCCAACCAUACAGCAAAGGUCGGCGUCGGUUGCUCAAAUUCCAGGCACAGCUGCAAACAGAUUGCGAAAGGCAGACGAGGCACAACGCCUGUCUCUGAAGCUUCCUCCCUCCAACCGCAUGUCCUCAUCCCCAAUCUCCCCCUCAAGAUCAAUCACUUGCGACCUUGACACCCGACGACCUUCCACAAGCCAUAGCCCAAUCACCGCAAACAUCAACUCUCACCCAGACUCUGCUUCAUUUGCAUCAUCUUUCCAGACUGCAUCCAGCCGCAGCUACUCACCCGUACCCAGUGAAGCGCCUCGUCGACCCUCGACAUCCACUGCCGGAGAGCAUGUAUCAUCGGCACGCUCUUCAGUCUACAUUCCCGCGCAAUCGCGUCUUGACCUCUCAAAGAUCCAAACUACACAAUCGGCGUACCCGGCAUCAAACAGGCAGUCGUAUCUCGCACCCCUAACACCCAUGUCCCCUGCUCUUUCCUUCCUCAGCUCGGACCCUUACGAAAACUCUACCAACAGCGCUGCAUCGCCAAUUAUCAAGAAGCCCGCCGCACACAGGCGGCUCCGCUCAAUCUCCAUGAAGCUUUCUCUGGCAAAGAUUGCCAUCACCCCGGCAAAAAAACCUUACGACGCGCGCAUCAACGGCAAGGCUCCACCAACCCCCGUCACACCCAUGACGCCACAGACGGCACCCCUUGACGGAGGUGCCAACUUCAACCAGAACAAAAUCCGACGCGCAUCGACAAUUCUCCGACCAAAGUCGCGCGGAGCUGACUCCAAAAGGACACCGACACCCGAGUGCGCACCUCCAGUCCCGCAAAUGAAGAGCACGAUGCAGCAGAAGCGAUCGACCACCAUGGGACGGAUGCUACCUCGCGGCGCAAACGAGCGGGAGCCGACGCUCAUUAUCCCGCCUUGCCCGGAUAGCGACUCUGCGUCCAUGUCUAGCAUCAAGAGCCGCGCUAUACGACGCCGCAAGUCAUUAAUGGAUUUCAUGGAUUCCCUGUAA